AUGAGUGAGGCAAUGGUGGUGGAGGGGGGGCCGUGGGAGCUGAGGGCUCGGCUGCAGGAGACAGAGAGGCGGCUGCAAGAGAAGACAGCCCGCGUCUCAGAGCUGGAGAGAAACCUGGAGGAGAUGACUCAGUAUCUGCAGAACCUCAAGGCAAUUCUGCCCGCUGUACCCCUCGCUGCCACUGCCUCACCACCUGCCUUGGGCCCAUCACUUGCUGCCGUGCGUGGAGGGGCGGUGGGGGCAGGCGUGCAGGAGGGAGAGGUGGAGGGGCAGGGCAUGAUGGCACCAGAGGGCAGUGGAGGGGAGGGUAGCUGUGGCAGCACUCGCAGUAGAUGGUAG